UAGCCUAUGUACAUGCAUGUGGGGCUUCGCCUCUUCAUCCGACCACCCAACGACCACCAUCGAUAACCCCGCAGAGGUCGCUUCUCACCAUGUCCGUUGCGACUGCACUCCAGGAUUUCGAUAUCCUCUGCGCGAUAUUCGAGGAAUUCGCCGUGGAGCGUCAUGAACGCCGACAGAGACCAGCGCGUCGUCGCGAUCUGGCGCGCUCCGCCCGUGUAUGCAAGGCCUUCACCGAGCCUGCGUUGCGCGUGCUCUGGAGGGUGCUCCCCGGAGUUGAACCAUUGUUGCGCCUGCUCUCCUGCGUCAGGAAAGUGGAACAGCGCGACAGAGCUGCGCAAUUUCUUUUACAAGGCGCACUCUGUUCCAAAGAAUGGCGUAAAUUCCAAGAUUAUGCCGAGCGCAUUCGGGUUAUGGACCAAUGGGACACACUUCUCCCUGACCGUGGAAGGUUCUAUUCAUGGACGCGCGCCGAGCUAAAACCAGUGCCAGUGGAGAUUGAGCCCGUUCUGCAACAGUUCUUCUCAUUGUCGAAUGGAGGCAGACCGUUGCUGCCUUACAUACAGAGGCUGUCUUGGGAGACAGCGAGUCCAAAUCCAGUCUGCCCACCUCCCCUCCUCUUCAUCGGCCCGUCAAUCCAACGACUGUCGCUGCGCCACGACCCAUCGAGCGAGGGACGAAGUCAUAGUUUAGAGAGCUUCUUGACUGCGAUAUCGUCCCUGGUUCUCGGUUUGCACACGCUCACAGUGUACGAACAACUGCCGCACUGGGGAACAACGCUAAGCCCGGAUCUCGCAAGUGCUUACGAAAGCGCUUUAUUGGCCGUCUCGGGAUGCGUACAUCUCCGUCGGCUCAAAAUUGCGGGGCGACGCAUCGUUCUUAGUCGUCGCUUCCUCCAUACACUCUCGUCCUUGCCGUUGCUUGAGAGCCUGCGUCUCCAGGUCGCACGCAUCGAUGUCAAUACCGACGUCGAACAGAAGCGAGUCCUCGCUGCAAUGGAGACACUGGAGUUGACUGCGCCCGGGAAUGUCGUCGCCGACUUCUACAAACUCGCCUUCGUCCCUCGCAUCCGCAAGCUGUCACUGACAUUCGCUAAUAUGUACCCCGAUGGUGGCAGAGCACUCAUAAGUGCGUUCCCGCGCAUGUACAGGGUGAGGCAACUCCCCACGACGUUAUGGGCAUCCACACUUCGUAUCCUCCACCUCUCCUUCUGCACGGCCCGGAACCACAUUCCACAGCAAGGUUUUCUUAUGCCGUUUGUCCAACCCUUCCUCAACCUCCAGAACGUCGAACAGUUCACUGUCAUCAUGGACUCGGAAGCUCUCUCUUGGUCUGAUGACGACGCGCUGACGAUCAGUCAAUGUUGGCCCAAAUUGACUGCAUUCCUGGUCAGGUUCGAGGAUAUGCCCAGCAAUGCCUUGCUCCAGCCCUCAUCGCGUGCGCUUCUGCAUUUCGCGGAGCACUGCCCAGAUCUAAAGCAACUUGUAAUCCCUUACGUCGCCGAUGCAGAUGUCGAUCACCUUAGCCUCCCUAAUCCUCGCCCUCACCGCCAUCUCGAAGUCCUCCUUCUCAACUGGGUGCAUGUGAAGUGCAAGGGAUGCUUCGCUCGCUACCUCGUCAGGUUAUUCCCCCAUCUUCGUGUCGAUGGGCGCGCCAAAGACUGCGUCCGCUUCCCAUUUCACAAGGAUUAUGAUCAUGAGCUCUGGAGACUUUUGCGCAAACAACGGGAAUAGUAGGAAAGCGGUAAGAUAUACGGACGAGCUUGGAGUCACGGGGGUGGGUGCAUCGUCGUGCGCGCUGUUUUCUUGACUCAUCAUCGAGAACAUUGUAUUGAACUGCGAUAUGGACCAUAGCAUAACACCGGGGAAGCUGUCGAGAUUUAGUCCGAGUCGUGUUUGCGAUUGUACUUGGGCUUGUCGUUGUCGUUGAGUACUGAGUGCUUGUAGUGCCUUUGAAGCGAGAUCGUAGUUAUCGGGAAUGGCGAAUGAGAUACAUACAUGUACACUACGUUAUGCAUGAUUUGACGGCGUCGCGAUGUAUAGUCACGGUGUCCGCGGCGG